CUUUCAACAAAGUGCAAUCGUACUUCGCAUAGACUUGUAACAUUUUCUAGAAAUUGUCUACGAACUAUCCGUUAUGUUGAAAAUUUUCACUCUACUCAUCCUUUGUCUGUGGAUCUCACAGGGUGAGGCCCAUCGCAAAGUCUACUUUGAGCCGUUGAACGAGUGCGAAGACACUGGCACCUAUCAACUUUGCCAAGAUUUCCGUGACAUACGCAAUCUGAUUGAUGCGAACACUUUGGUCUACUACAUCUCUUAUGGCUAUUAUAAGGACAAGGAAUUYCGCAAGGCCAUGGAAUUCAUCAAAACCGACCAAUUCCAAUCGGUGUCGCAGCAAAUUGCCGAUAGUUCCGUUUAUCAGAAACUGCUUAAGCGCUUUUCCGAUGCUGGCGUUAGCACGGAAACCAUCUCCAGCAUUUCAAACAUUUUCAAUUGCCUGAUGGUUUCGAUACCCGAAUAUGGUGAUGAAUCGGAGAUUACUGAAUUAGACAUGCCGAAGAUCAUAGUGGGACGAUCUAUGCAGGAUGUCGCUAAGAAUUUGGUGAGUGCAAUUCCACCUUCGAAGCUUCGCCAUUUGAUACGGCGUAAGAUGCAUGAGAGUAGGGAAUUUGCCAACUUCUGUCGCGUGUUGCGCAGCAGCGGCUGCCGUUACGAUGUCAAGAGGCUACUGAGCUCUAUCUCCACAAGGUACCCGAUUAACGUAUUGAAACGCAAUAAUAUCGAUCUGCAGAAAUUACUACAAUACGCAUAUAAGAUCUUCGAUUACAAAGAGUAAUUGAACUGCGGCUUCCUGCUCAUUUGAAACAGAUAAUUUGAGUUUGCGCUUUGAAAUUUGACAGCGAUGCAAAUAAAUUGAAUUGAAUUUGUCUAAAAA